UAUUUUGUUGACCCGUUCUCUGUGCGUAAGGAUCGUAAUUACUGCAUCAAGACGAAAAAGUUAGCAAUUAUCAUAUUUUUUACUUGUCAGUCAAUGGAGGAUGGAGUACCUGGAGAUAUAGUGAUGCUUGUUCAAGGACCUGUGGAGAAGGGACAAGAACAAGAAAACGUUAUUGCAACAACCCUGUACCGUCGAAUGGAGGAUUGCAGUGUGCUGGAAUGAGCACAGAGGAAGAGAAAUGCAACACAGCGGCUUGUUCUGUCAAUGGAGGAUGGAGUACCUGGAGAUACAGGGAUGCUUGUUCGAGGACCUGUGGAGAAGGGACAAGAACAAGAACACGUUAUUGCAACAACCCUGUACCGACGAAUGGAGGAUUGCAAUGUGCUGGAAUAAGCACAGAGAAAGAGAAAUGCAACACAGCGAUUUGUUCUGAGUCCAAAAAUGAAAGCAGCGGAGCUUCAUUGACAAUGAUUGCCGGCGUAGGCGGUGGUCUUGUCGUCAUUCUAAUUCUGGUGUUGAUUGUAUUAGCGUGUGUAUUUUUCAAGUACAAAAAGUCAAACGCGAAACCACAACGAAACGAAAUGCAAAUGCAGUAUCCACCAGCCGUCCUGGAAAACAUACAUUCACACAAUCCCGCUGAAGUUUUUUAUUAUCACGAUCAAAUGCACCAAAUGUAGAAAUAAGACUUAGAUCAUUUUAACUAUACAUAGAUAAAGAAUUAUUUUGAGUAUACCAGCUACAACAUUGCAUAUCUUACAGUCCCACGGCAACUAUCUUAUGGCAAAUUUUCAAAUAGAAAAAAGCUUUGGCAUUAACCUUAACAUUUUCAGCCCAAUAAGUAAAGCCUGGUAACCAUUUCUACCUGUUUUAAUUAGGAUUGAAUUUUUUUUCUUUCUUACAAUAACUCCAUACAGUGCUGUAAGAUAUUGUGUGGCUUUCUCUUUUAACACGGGCUACGAAACGGGCUGAUUAUCUUUCACUUUUGUGACUUACACAAAAGUCGAGCUGAUGGCGGUGAAUAAAUUUAUGAGCACUGAGGACAAAACCAACAUCUAAAAUCAUCUUAAAUAUCACAAAUAUAACUAAAAAUCACAAAACUAGUUUUCACUAAAUAUAGCUCCUCGU